AUGGCGUCUCCAGGCGACUUACAUGGAGUAACGGCUGCUGGGAGCCCAAACAAACAAACCCUGAAGACCUCCACCUCCAGCUCCAGCUCCAGCUCCGGAUCCGGCUCUGGCUCCGGCUCCAGCUCCAGCUCAUGCUCAGGCUCCAGAGACAUUACCACAAGCUGCAAACUACAAAAGACAACACGUCUAUCGAUGCAAGAAUUACAAGAAAUCACAGACAAUUUCUGCAAGGAGCGAGCAAUUGGUGAAGGAGCGUAUGGAAAGGUUUACAGGGGUGCACUUGGCGAUGGCAAAGAGAUUGCAGUGAAGUUGCUUCAUAACAGGCUAGACAUUGACGAUGGGCAAUUCCGACGUGAGUUUGAUAACCUAAUGAGGCUCGAACAUCAGAACAUUGUACAGUUAGUUGGCUAUUGCUAUGAGACACAACAUAAACCUAUCAUAUGCACGGAAGAAACCAUUUUUGCUGAAGAGAUAACCAAAGCGCUAUGCUUCGAGUAUAUGCAAAAAGGGAGCCUGCAGAAGCAUCUCUCUGAGGAAUCUGAUGGCCUCGAUUGGCAGACACGAUACAAAAUUAUCAAGGGGACAUGUGAGGGCUUACAAUACCUUCAUGAAGGAUUCAAAAAACCAAUUUACCAUUUGGACCUAAAACCGGACAACAUACUUCUAGAUGAGAACAUGUUCCCAAAACUUGCGGAUUUUGGUUUGUCUAGGCUCUUCCGUGAACAUAAAACGAUGGUCGCAGAAAGUGUUUCAGGAACAAUUGGGUACAUGCCGCCAGAAUACAUACAUGAAAAUGCAAUCUCGAACAAGUUUGACAUAUUCAGCUUGGGUGUUGCAAUGACAAAGGUAAUUGCAGGGCCAAGCGGCCACACCAGAAGCGCUGAAAUGUCUCACCAAGAGUUUCUUGACCAAGUACAAACAAACUGGAGACGCAGGUUGCGUUCAACGUGUUCUUCUCACAAGCAAUUAAAAGCACACUGCCAUCAAGUGAAUAUAUGUACUGAGAUAGCACUGAGCUGCAUGGAGUACGAUAGGCACAAAAGGCCUGAUAUAAUAGAUAUUAUCCAUCGACUAAAUGACACAGAAGCUACCAUUGACAGGGCCUUGUCAUGGUCGGUGAGUUCGCAAUCAUGGACGCAAGGAGACAUGGUGAAGCUACAAACGUUCACGAGUAAAGCGAUUUUGUGUGGCAAGACGUGCAACGAAUUUCCAGUCCUAGUGCGUAUCACAGCAGCACCAUGGUGCCACACGGAGGAGAUGCCACGCGCUGGCGUGGACAUUGUUGUGGUUGUUGACAUCAACAUGGGCAGGGUGAGUCCCUGGAAGCUGAAAACCAUCAAGCAAGCCCUAAUGACAGUCAUCGACAAGCUCGGCCCAAACGACCGGUUCUCUAUUGUGUGGUUCAAGGGCAGUGUGCCCCACACUGUGAAGUUAACCUUCACGUCCAACAAAGGCAAGGAAAUUGCCAAGGUCAUGAUCAAUGAGCUUGAUGGGAGCCAUGGCAACAAUACAAUUGCCGCUCUGCGAGAGGGAGUUGAGAUCCUGAGAGGGCGUGGAGCGGAAGAGGCAUACAACCGUGUAGGUUGCAUCCUGUUCAUCUCCAACGGUGAUGGCAUGGUAGCCCUCAAGACGGAGAUCUCUUCUGAAUUCCCUGUGCACACAAUUGGUGUGCAGAAACACCACGAUCCGGAGGUCAUGAAGUAUAUCGCCGACAAGACCCGUGGCACAUACUCCUUCCUUGAUGAAGAUGACAGCUGCAUCCAUGAAGCCUUCAAGUUAUUCACCACUGGCAUCACGUCUGUCGCUGCAAGGUUCAUACAGAUCACCCUCGCAGCUCAUGAGGGCAUUACAAUAUCUUCCAUCGAGUCUGGUGGCUACAAGAACCUUGUGGGACCAGAGAAACAAACCGGGGUCAUAGACAUCGAUAACAUGUACGCGGGAGAGCAGAAGAAUUUCAUAGUCUACCUAAGAGUCGGGGAGGGCAACAGGAAGCUUCUGACCAUCGGCGGCCAGUACAGAAGCUUCGAUGCAAGCAAGCAGCUGGCUGACAAGGAUGUCUUCAUUCUGCGACCACUCUCCGAACGCUCACCCGACAAGCUAGGCAUCCAUCAUGAGGUGGCCGCGGAGCGCAUGCGCAUCUGGCUCAUGAAGGGAUUCUCGAUCAUGGUGGAGAUGCAACAUCCCAUGUGUGGUGAGGGGCCACGGGAACUAUGGAACAGUAUCAGGCACCCUAGCGAGGGCCACUGUGCAACCAAGGAAACCAUGGUGAACCUCAGCAAUGAUGUGACUGAGAUUGAAAGGAACAUUAGAGACUAUCUAAACAACCAUGAAAGAUGGUACACGAAGGUCCCUUACCUAAUGUCAUGGCUGAGUUGCCACAAGUGGCAGCGUGCUACCACCAAGGGCUCAUGCUACGACUCCGGUGCUUUCACCCUAGCACAACUCAGUGCCUCAGAGCAGCAUGUAGGUGAAGAUGGUGAGGAUAAUGACGACCAAUCAAAGUUAUGCACAUAUAAGCUAGGAGCGAAUGCUUUACCAUACUGA